AUGGGCCUCAGCAACCACUAUCGCUCCGUUUCCACCAACGACAACGAUGAAUCCUUCCCACUGGCGAGCGAAAAGGUUCAACCGAGAGCAGGCUGGGGCAAGCAGUCCCUCUGCCUUUCCGUCGCGACAGGCACGCUGUUCAUCGCCAUCCUUGUCGCCAUCUUUUCAUUGAUUUCGUCGGUAUUUGUCUCCCACGCCUCUCCAUCCACAUCCGAUUCCCUCUCGACGUCAACCACCAGCGCAGCCGCUGUGGUCGCCAGCACCGUCGCCGCAACACCCACCCCUCUCAUCGGUGACGACUCGGUAAAGACGACCGAGGAUUCUGGUGACUCAACCUCGUCGAAGGAUGAAAUCCAAAACUGCGGAUAUACACCCCAAGAAGCCAGAGACCGCGGCUGCAUCUUCGAUGUGAUGAUGCAACUCUGGACACCCGCUGCGUGUUUUGACGAAAUUCUCUCAAACCGCUUCCUCGACGUUGGCAACUGGACCUGGUACGCUGAUCCUUCGGCGAGCUACGCCUACACUUUGGAGGAGAUGAGAAAAGGCGAGCACGAUGCGGUAUACGUCGCUCAAGACUACCACAUUACCCACUGUAUCUACGCCUGGGAGAAGCUGGUCCGGUCGAUGAGGAAUCAAGAGCCGCUCAUCACGGAGUUGAUCUCUUAUGAUCAUGUUAUCCACUGCAGGCACAAAACCCUCCAACGAGCCGACGGAGGCAGCUCCGUUCGUGGUGUCAGAGCACCUACCGGAUAUACCCAAUGCGCACCAUAUGACACUUGGAAAGACCAUCUACCUCCAAACGAGCACUCCUCGACAGAGUGA